AUGAAGGCGCGACCGUUGUCGUCGCACGCUCAUCCUCUCUCUACAUCGUUUUCUUCUUCUUCUUCUUCUUCUUUGCGGAUGACGACGACUCAGACGACGACACCGUCGAAGGCGAAGAGAAGAACGGCGAAGCCACCAACUUCAACAUUUACCACUCCCGAUGAUGACGAGAGCGACGCAAAUAUCAGCGGGAUCGCGUUCAAAUCUCUUGUUUCAAAGUGGAAUGACGCGAGUGUUUCUGAGCGAGAAGAACUGUUGAAAAAAAUUACGGGCUGCGAUCCUCUUCAGCUGAAGUACGAUGAGAAAGAGGUGAUUGAUUUCUUGACGUUCUCGAUAGAAAUCGACAAAAUCAUUCAUCGGCAGCAAUAUCUCAACGACGAAAGCUGGUUUCGUUGGGUGCAGGAACGACAAAAUUUUCACGACACUUGUGAGGAGAUUCAUUUGAAUUCGAGUCGUUAUAUUAAGCGCGAGAUUGCAAAGCAGUUGUUGGAAGAGCGUCAUCGCCUAGGCGACGCGUUAUUCUGGCAGGCGAUGGGAGACGAGGACUCGUUUCUGUCACACAAUACUCAUUGGCUCAUCGUGGUUGAAAGAGGUGCUCCCGAAAAAACGAGAACUCUCCGAGCUAGUGAGUACACGGACAUCAUGAUGGAGAAAGGCCGUGAGAACAUUGUUGAAUCCACCAUUCUCAACGGGUGCAUGGCCGGAUUGCAUCAACAAGGUUUGGUGCAAUCAGAUCCGAAAGGCGGAUGUUGCACGACGAAGUUCGCGUUGUUCGAUCUUUUUUAUUGCACCGCAGAACAGGCGUUUUUCAACGAGAACGAGAAUAUACAAUACGUCCUGUUUUCAUGUUCUGAUCUGUUGGCUUCCAUUGGCCCGAAACAUUGGAAGGCUAACAACGAAGGUUUUAUUCCACGCGAUGAAGUGAUCGACUUACACGUUCGCGCGAGGCCCAAACAAGGGUACGCGGGAAUCGCCGGUAAAAUUGUUGUAGAGGCGAUGCGUUUGAGUGCUGAAGCGUUGGCAAAAUUGUGUCAGAAGUACAACAUUUUCAUAAUCGUCCACUCUGCGAAAGUGCGAGACGUUCUCGCUGGCAGUGAAACUCGUGUCCGGCUCAGGUUAUGGUUCGAAAGAACUUUAGCGCACAGCUGCGCUCCAUGUUGCCAUGCGUUUGGCGGCCGUUGGUCUGGUCUGUCGAUUGGUUCCUUGACCAGUAGCAUGGAUAUGAAUAGAAGCGGUUGUAAGCAAGAGCUAUUGGAGUCAUUAUUGGUCCAAAGUAGCAAAGCGUUUCAAGUGUACCGUGGUAUAAUUCAAAAACGUCAAGGCGUCUAUGGGAAUUACGAGACAGUUCAAAACGCGAUGAAUAUUUGCAUCGAGCGUGUUCUCGCGAGCGCGGAAGAGUUAUCAUCGGAUGAAAACCCCGUCAAAACCUUUGGUGAUUUGUUCAUGGCAUUGAGCAGAAAACCGUUCAGUAAAUACGAGGAUCUUUCCGCUCUUGGGUUCAAGGUAGGAGUUUUCGCUAAUGACCGAAAAAAAAAAUUUUUUUUGAGAGACACGAAUACCAAGACUUUACAACCAGCAUUGGAAGCAAAAAUAAACUGGGAGAAAAUGAUGGAGGAAAACUUUUGGGGUACGAGGAUCGUGGAUGGAAAACUUAACUACUGUUGUCCACUUGGUAAAGUUCCAGGUUGCGAAGGCGUUUGUGACUUUUUGACUGACAAUAAAUCCAACUUGAAAAGGCACAUUGCAUCAGACAAGAGGAUAAUAGAAACCAGAAGAGAAGCCUUUGAAAAAGGAACUUUACGAGACAAAGAAUUCCUUUGCAAACAUGAAGAUUGUAAAAACUGCGCCGGUUUCGGUACGAAUUUUGCUUUAACCAGGCACACGAAGGAGGUGCAUGGUAAAAAAGCAAUUGCAUGUAAUUUCUGCGGCGCUCAGUGGCCAGCAACGCGACCUGAAAAACUUCGUGUCCACGAGCAAUCGUGUCCAAAGCGAUUUCAGCAACAACAGGGGCAAAAUGAAACGCGCGCGCGGAAUACGAAACAAUUGAGUUUAGUCGACGCAUGGAAAAGGCGUGAUAACGCCGGGGCGCCUUAG